CAACCCAAGAGGAAUUAGAAACCUAUAAAAGUCUUAGAACAAGUUCUUUAUAUUCAGUUUUCAAGUACAUCUCUUAUGUUCUGCAAGCUGGAUCUUUAGAUACUUUCUCAGUAAACCAACAAGAGUCUGGUCCCUUCUCUAAAAAAAGAAAGAUGCUUCUAUUUGUACAACUUCUUACUAAUAAUGAAAGUUAG